GCGGGCUUCCAUCGCCACCCCGCGGCUAGCACAGAGCACCCGCCUCGGCGCCAUGGCCUCGUCCUCGUCCUCGUCCUCGCCGCCCGCGCCCGCGGCGGCCCCGUGGCGCGCCGACUUCCUGGAGCACACGUCCCGGAUGCCGCAGGCGUCCUUUGUCCUGAGCACGGUGCGCCGCAACGGCGGCGGCCGGGACGCGCCCUCGCCCCGCGCCAGGACGUGCAUGCUGCGCGGCCUGUGGGCGGGGCUGCCGGCCGACGACCGAAACCCGGCGCCCCGCAACCGGCCCGUUUACGAGAGCGACUGCCCCGUCUUCACGACGGACGCGCGCAUGGACAAGGUGGCGGACCUCGGGGCGGGGUCCGGGUCGGGGCCGGGGUCGGGGCCCGUCGAGGCCGUCUGGUGGGCCGAGGCGACGCAGACGCAGUGGCGCGUCCGCGGCGAGGCCUGGCUACUCGGCGGCGGCGGCGGCGGCCCUAGCGGGAUCGGCAUCCCGGCCGCGGCUAGGGCGGCCAUCGGGGCGCGGAUGAGGAGGAGGGACGGGAACGCCGCGGCCGCCGAAAAGGAGACGGAGGAGCAGCAGUGGCAGUGGAGCUGGGAAACCGAGGUCACGGCGCACUUUGGGAACCUGAGCCCGGCCAUGCGCGGCACGUUCCGCAACCCGGCGCCCGGGGCCCCGCGGCAGCAGGCGCCGGGAGCCGGCGAGGGCCUGGGACAGCGGGUCGAUGACGUCGAGGACGAGCUAGCGCGCCGCAACUUUCUAGUCUGCGUCAUCGUGCCGACCGAGGUCGACCGCGUGCUGCUGGCCCCCGACGACCCGCGCCGCUGGCUCUACCGUUUCAGGGCCGAGGACGGCACCUGGGAGACGGUCGAGCUGUGGCCGUAGCCUAUCCCUCUGGGAAUGUCUUCUAGUUUAAUCUGAGAGCAGUACGGACAAAAAGGUUGCAUUGCUCUAGACCCACAAAGGGCAUAUCUUCCCUGGCUAAGCGCAGCUCGUGAAGACGAGCUAUCAAUCACAAGUGAUAUCAGCG